AUGCAGCGGGGCGGCGCGUGCGCGUGGCUGGGCGCGCCGUGCUCGCGCAGGAACGGCGCCGUGUGCGCCUGCCGCGUGCACACCGCGCUGCUGCAGGAGUUCGCGACUUUGACGAAAGAGCUAAACCAAGCGCGGGAGCAACUGUUGGAGAGAGAGGAGGAGAUCUCCGAACUCAAAGCCGAAAGAAACAACACAAGAUUACUGUUGGAGCACCUAGAAUGCCUGGUCUCGAGGCACGAGCGGUCGCUGCGCAUGACGGUGGUGAAGCGGCAGGCGGCCGCGCAGUCCGGCGUCUCCUCGGAGGUGGAGGUGCUCAAGGCGCUCAAGAGCCUCUUCGAGCACCACAAGGCUCUAGACGAGAAGGUCCGGGAGAGACUUCGUGUGGCGCUAGAGAGAAACACGGCGUUAGAAGAAGAGUUAGCUUUAACCAAAGAAGAACUACAGCAGUAUAAAUCGUCGAGCGCGCAAGAGAACGAAAAGCCGAAAGAGAAUGGCAGCGUGGGCGGCUCCCCCGAGCAGAAUGGCGAACAGCAACAGACCAAGGAGCAAAGUAGUGUUAACGGCGAAUCCGAGAGCAACAAGAAACUCACUGAGCUCCAAAAUACGAUCGCUAAGCAGUCGGCAGAGCUCAGUUCUUGGCAGCGGCGUGUGGCCGAGCUGAACAAUAAGGUUACGGAGCUUGAAGAGAGACUGUCGAAGGGCGAAAAGGAACUCGUCAAGAAGCAAGAGGAGUGCGCUAAGUUGCAGCGGGAUCUGAGAGAGAAUGUCGCCCAGAAAGAGGAUCAGGAGGAAAGGAUAGCAACCCUUGAAAAGCGAUACCUCAAUGCACAGCGAGAGUCCACCUCCCUCCACGAUCUGAACGAAAAGCUAGAACAGGAGUUGCAGCACAAGCAAGCGCAGCUAAAGCUUCAAGAAGAGAAGAUAGCCGCCAUAGAAGAGAAGUUGGAACUAUCCACGCAGAAAUUGGCGCAAAUGUCUUCCCUUCCAGAGAUGGAAGAACAGCUAAAGGCUAGAAUGGAAGCUCUCAAUCAGGCCCAAGAGCGACAUGGUUCGGCCGAAGACAGAAUACAGAGGCUGGAAGCGAGCGUGGAGGAGAAAAACGCGGAACUGAUGAGACUGAAUCAACGGCUUCGGAUGAACGAGGAGCACAACACGAGACUCUCGGCCACCGUGGACAAACUGCUCUCCGAAUCCAACGAGAGGUUACAAGUACACCUUAAAGAGCGAAUGCACUCAUUGGACGAGAAGAAUGCGUUAACGCAAGAGCUGGAGAAGACCCGAAAGUAUGCCGACGAACUGCUGGCAGAGAAGCAGGAGAUACUUAAGGAGUUGGCCAAGUGGCGCAUGGAGACCGAGCAGCUGAAGCGGCAGCUGCUGCAGCAGGAGAUCGCGUUCAACAUCCAGCAGACGGACGCGCUCACGCGCUCGCUGUCGCCCGGCGCGCCGCCGCAUGCGCCGCACGCGCCGCACGCGCCCCACGCGCCGCUCCCGCACCAAGUGCCGCUCUUUGCGCCCAAGCUGGACAGCUCGUGGGAGAAGCUGCAACAAGCGCAUGUGCUCGCCAACGUCCAGCAAGCGUACGAUGUUUCCAGCGAUGCCGAGAACGACGAGUCCGAUGGCGGCGUAGAAGGUGGGCAUACUGACGCUGCAGCCUUGGCGCUGAUGCUGCAGGAGCAGCUGGACGCCAUCAACACAGAGAUCAGACUUAUCCAAGAAGAGAAGCAGAGCACGGAGGCGAGAGCGGAGGAACUCGAGUCCAGGGUGGGCAGCUACGAGCACAUGAACGUGGUGGCGCGGCGCGGCGACUCGCCGCCGCCCGCCGCCUCGCCCUCGCGCCCCCACCACCACAAGUACCACACGGCGCCGGCCUCGAUGUCGCCCGCGCACCACUACCGCACGCCGCCCUCCUCCGAGAGCCUCCCCUCCAGUCAGCUGCAGCUGUGCGAGGAGUCUGGCGGGGUGGCGGGAGCGGGCGGGGGCGCGGGCGCGGGUGCGGGGGGCGCGGAGGGCGGCGCGUCGCCGCUGACGGCGCGCUCGCUGCGGCUGGAACGCGCGGCGCGCGCGCUGCACGCCGAGCGCGACCGCCUGCGCACGCACUACCCCGCGCCAUACGAUUCGAAUUCUAUCAUGUCAGGAAGCCUCGCCAGGAUCCCAAUUCACAGCUCGAGCCAAGAGUCGCUGUCGCUGGGCGCGGGCGGGGGUGCGGGCGGGGGCGGGGGUACCGCGGGCGCGGGCGGGUGGGGCGGCGCGUCGCCGUCGCUGCCGCGCGCCGCCGCGUCCGCCGCCUCCCUGGCCUCCAUGCACCAGCAGAAGAAGCGGGGCAUCAAAAGCUCGCUCGGGAGGUUCUUCAGCAAGAAGGACAAAGCUGGUCUAACCCUUUCUCAGGGUGCGAGUCCUCGUUCCCUAUCAUCGGCGUCGUCGCUAGGGCUCUCUGGGCUGGCGGACGACUCAAUGGAAGGUUCGGGCUUGCAUCCUGCGUUACCAAUGCAUCCUCAGCAUCAGCAACACCAACAACAUCAGCAGGAUUACGCACGUUCCAAAACAAAGGAGCGCGACUACCGGCACGAGCUGCUGGGCGAGGCGAUGCGCGCGGGCACGCCGUUCGCGCUGUGGAACGGGCCCACCGUGGUGGCGUGGCUCGAGCUGUGGGUGGGCAUGCCCGCCUGGUACGUGGCCGCCUGCCGCGCCAACGUCAAGUCCGGCGCCAUCAUGUCCGCGCUCUCCGACCAGGAGAUACAGCGCGAAAUCGGCAUCAGCAACCCGUUGCACCGGCUGAAGUUGCGCCUGGCGAUCCAGGAGAUGGUGUCGCUGACGUCGCCGUCCGCGCCGCGCGGCACGGCGUGCGCCGCGCUGGCCUUCGGCGACAUGAACCACGAGUGGAUCGGCAACGUGUGGCUGCCCUCGCUCGGCUUACCACAAUACAGGACAACGUUCAUGGAGUGUCUGGUGGACGCGAGGAUGUUAGAGCACUUAACUAAGAGGGACCUCAGAACGCAACUCAAGAUGGUGGACGGUUUUCACAGAACGUCGCUGCACUUCGGAGUGGCGUGUUUAAAACGAGUGGGUUAUUCGGUGCGAGCGCUAGAGGAGCGGCGUCGUGCAGCGGAGCAUUGCACGCGUGACGUGCUCGUAUGGACCAACGAGCGCCUACAGCGCUGGCUCGUCUCCAUCAACCUCAAGGAAUUCUCGAGCAACCUGUCAGAGAGCGGAGUGCAUGGUGGCCUGAUAGCGCUAGACGAAAGCUUCGACGCGAACAGUAUGGCGCUGGCGCUACAGAUACCCACGCAAAAUACACAGGCUCGUCAAGUGCUGGAGGUGGAGUUCGCAGCACUGCUGGCCGCUGGCACGGAGAGAUCGCCGCGUGCACACGCUCACCACGCGCCCUCCUGA